CGACCUCAGCUCAACCUGUCACUGAAGCAUUUCCCGCCUUCUUCCUCUCCAGGCUACGAACAUAACCAUCCUUGUUGACUGUGCUACUUGAUCGCCUGUUCAGGAACCCCGCUAACCACUAAGACGAUCUUGCGUGACUUACCAUUCCGUCGAUUUCCCGGCAUUUCCUUACUUCAUUCAACCUACCCGGUAACUCGGCGGAGACCCUCUAGACACCAUCCCUUGAGCGGUCUCGACCACUCUGCGGUCUCUUAUCGGCAAUCAAAAACCCCCAGACCUUCCCCGCGCGCAAUCUUCUCUGUCAUAAAAGCAUAGCCCUCGGCCUUGACUGGAGGGCGCGUCGGUGUGGUCGCAACAGACACGGGAACAGUGGAGGAUGAGAGGGAACCGCGACCGAUGGGUGUAAUACGGAAGAAGACCGCCUCGCGCGGCACCGAAGCAGGCACCAAAUACCAUUGCGACAUCUGCUCGGUUGAUGUGACUUCGACGGUUCGCGUAUCCUGUGCCCACCCCUCAUGCCAUGAGUACGACCUCUGCGUUCCCUGUUUCGCGGCCGGCGAAAAAUCCAAAAACCACGACCCGUCCACCCACCCGUUCCAAGUGAUCGAGCAGAAUUCCGUGCCCAUUUUCCAGGAGGACUGGGGCGCUGACGAGGAGCUCUUGUUGUUGGAAGGCGCGGACAUCUACGGGCUGGGGUCAUGGGCCGACAUCGCGGAUCAUAUCGGAGGUUAUCGCACAAAAGAGGAGGUCCGGGAUCACUACAUCGACACAUACAUCAAUAGUCCCAACUUUCCACUCCCGGCCCGCGCCGAUCCGGAGGACACGCGCCUCUCCGACUCCAUCUCCAAGGAAGAGUUUCAAUCGCGGAAGAAGCGGCGCAUUGAGGAGCGCAAAGAGGCCGCCAAGGCGGCUCCUCCGACCACGCCUAAGCAGAAGCCUACGGCCAGUGUUCCGGCGUGUCACGAAGUGCAGGGCUACAUGCCGGGACGGUUGGAGUUCGAGACCGAAUUCAUGAACGAUGCGGAGGAGGCGGUGCAGCAUAUGACCUUUGAGCCCGGUGCGGGCGAGACGGCGAAUGGCGAGCUGGAUGCUGAGAUGGAGCUGAAGAUGACGGUGGUGGACAUCUACAAUUCGCGGCUGACGGCGCGUACCGAGCGCAAGAAGGUUCUCUUCGAGCACAAUCUCCUCGAGUACCGCAAGAACACGGCCCUGGAAAAGAAGCGUACGAAAGAGGAACGAGAUCUACUCAACAAGGCCAAGCCGUUCGCCCGGAUGAUGAACCACGACGACUUCGAAGAGUUCAACAAGGGGCUGGAGUACGAGCACAACCUGCGGCUGGCGAUCGCGCAACUGCAGGAAUGGCGACAGAUGGGCAUCGGAGAUCUGAAGGGCGGGGAGAAGUACGAGCAGGAGAAGCAGCAGCGCGCCCAGAGAAUGAUGCCCCAGGGCUCCUUUGAGCGGUUCGCGAGCACACGGCCGAAACAGCAGCAGCAGCCCGAGCAGCCGUCCGCGGCGAGUCAACUGACCACGCCCGAGCUUCCGCUGCGGCUCCAGAAGGCGUCCGGCGCCCCCAAGGCCCCCGAGCCGCCCAAUCAGCCCCUGAACGACUUCGACCGAAUAUUCGCCAUCAACGGCGACGGGCUCAGCACCCCCACGCCGGCGGCGAAGACCAAAUUUGUCGUGCAGCCCCUGACCGGGGUGAUCCCGUGGAAGCUCGAGAACGAGGGGGCGCCCGACCUGCACCUGCUGACGAAGGAGGAGGUGGAAGUGUGUAAUGUGCUUCACAUCCAGCCCAAGCCGUACCUGGUGAUCAAGGAGACGUUGCUGAAGGAGGCGAUGAAGCAGGGGGGCAGCUUGAAGAAGAAGGAUGCUCGGACCAUCUGCAAGAUCGACAGCAACAAGUCCAGUCGUAUCUACGACUUUAUGGUGCACAGUGGCUGGAUCAACAAGGGCUGAAUUGAAUGUCUGGAUACCUUCCUCGAUGUGUGUUUUGUACUGGAGUUGGGAGGCGUUGGGACGGGAGGACUGACUUGUUGCUGUGAUGUUUGACCGGAAUUGACCGACAUGAAUGAUGCAUAGCUUGAUCUACGAUUAGUGUUUGCAGUAGAUCUAUUGAUUGAGUC